AUGCUUCGUACCUAUAUCCAAUCUGACGAACGCGAAUGGGAGCGUUUGCUUCCGGCCUUGGAACUUGCCUACAACACAACAAGUCAUUCAUCCACUGAGCUCUUUCCUUUCGAGGUCAUGAUUGGCGAGAACCCGUUGACGGCUGCGGACCUCGAUAUCGUAGGCGCGCUAGCUCCUACACUCACUCCCCCGAUGACUAAGCUCUUCCGACAGCUCUGCGACAGAGCACAGAGCCACUUCCUGAAGGCAAAAUCGCAGCAGAAGUACUACGCAGACACGAAGCGCCGAGCAGUGGAGUACGCGGUGGGCGACAAGGUCUGGCUCAGCAGCAAGCACCUACCGCCUUUCAACAGCUGCCCUAAGUUCGAGCCCCGUUACCGCGGACCCUUCGAAGUCAUCGAACGCAUAGGAACCGUCGCUUACCGUCUCGCUCUGCCUCCCACGUAUGAUUGCCAUGACGUUUUCCACGCCCUCCCGCUUUGGCUUCCUCGGCAGCCGAUGCUGCCUGGCCUCCUAUCCACGAUGCAGCAGGAAAUCCCACAGCGGACUACGAAGUCGACUAUACUAUGGACCAACGCGGCUCUGGAGAUGCAGCCCAGUACCUCGUGA